CCCUUCAAACCCUAAUCUCAAGCGUAUUCACACUGGUCAGGAUUUGGCGCUUACAGUGGCUACUUCUACCACCCACAAAAUCAGGGCGCAGCUAUCCUGCUGCUCCGACUCAGUCCUACUGGCGCUUAUGAUCCUGAGAUGAGGCGCUCAGGAAUCAGCAAAGGGCUUGAGAGAGGCGCGUGCCAAGGGUUUAUUCAGAUUGUGAGCUGACAGCAGCAGCAGCGGGGCAGCAGCGCUUGAGGAAAUUCUGCGCAACAUUGUAACCUACCUGGUUGCUGGUGCUCGAUCCACAUAAGCUCUUGGGGGCAUGGAUUCCUUCACUAGGUUUUGCAACUAUGUAGGCUCGGGUUCGGAGCCAAGUUCAGGUAUUGCCAGAAUAACGCGCUCUGGCGAGGAACCAGCUAAUCAUGGCCCGCUCAUACGACAAGGCCCACCACUGGCAGAGCGCAUCCUGCUGAUUGAUAAUGUGAAGCUUGAGUCGAUAAGCUGUGAGCUCUGCCACCAGAUCUUUGAGGAGCCAACUGUUGCGGGAAUGUGUGGCCAUUGCUUUUGUAAGCCCUGCCUCGUCAUCUACAAGAGCACGAAAAGCAGCCAGGGGUGUCCAACAUGCGGAGCCAAGAUAUCCAAGUCGAGUGGGCUUCCAAAUCGCAGCUUGUCAACAAUCAUCGACAGCCAGCGAAGGUUCUGUGUCAGCAGAUACAUCUAUGACUGCUCCAGCAAGAAGUAUGUGGAGCUGCAGGACGGGUGUAUGUUCGUUGGUUCGUCUGACCAAUUGGUGGAGCACGAGGUGGCGUGUCCCAUGAUGCCGGUGGAGUGCCCUCAGCGCAGCUGCAAGCGCCUUGUCUUGAGGAAGGACCUCGAGGAGCACCGCAAGGCGCAGUGCUGGCUCCAGUGCGAACAGUGCGGGCUCGACAUCCAGAUAGGUCUCCAGGAGAAGCAUCUCAAGGACGAGUGCCCGGAGACGAAAUUUGGCUGUCCAAGGAGCGAUAUCGGGUGCCACAUCGUCCUCAAGCGAAGAGCCCAGGGGAAGCACUUGGAGUCAUGCCCGUACGAGCGGUAUCGAAUGGACAUCGAAGCGCUGCGGCAAAGCCUGAGAGACAAGGAGGAAGAGAUUGCUCGGCUUCGGGGCAAGACGGAACCCACCGGAGGCGAUCGGAAACGGGAGCUCAAUGGUGUCUCUUCGGAUGAAGAGACUCCCUCAAAAAGGGCGAAGACGAGGGAAGUCCAGGUAUGGAAAUUUACGGAGCAGCACGAGCACGUGGCCGUCUCGCCAGACAACGGAGAGCAGCCAGGGGACGUGCGAAAGCUUCUGACGCAUAUGGUAGGGUCGGUGGAGGGAGUGCUGCUAUCAGGGAUGAAUAAGAUCACGGCCCGUAUUCACAAAUGCGAGGCGAAAGUGACGGAUUUGGAGGCAUUGUUUCAGCAAAGAGAAUCUGGUAGAGAGGGUCUUUCAAGCUACGAAGUGACGGCCAAGGCAACCGGCAAGCAUAUGGUAACCGAAGGAGCGAGCAAGGCGCGAGAUGAGACAGCAGGACAGACUAGGACGGAGGUCAAGACUGUGCCGAAUGGUUCUCUGGCCGCUGAGAAGGUAGAGGAGCCAGUCCGCUCGACAGGGAGGGUUAUCGUCUUUAAGAAGGGGCGAUCGGCUGAGACCGAAGGUGCUGCGGGAACUCAGGGGCCCAAAAAGCUCAGGAGCGACGAGGUCCCGUCAGUUCUGAAAGUAGUGAAAAAGGAGCCGUUUACAGCAGUCGAGCAGGAUCCGGGCAAGGAGAGAGCGGAAGGAAACGGCAAUGGCAGCCAGCUUCGAGAAGUGAAGAAAGAGCGGAGUCCUUCGAUGGCGCGUACUCUGGGGGGUCGGACUUCAGAGGAGCGAGUAGUGCCAGGUCGUACGGAAUCGGAGCGUAAGGCGGGGCGAAGUCUGGAAGGGCGUUUGGAGAGGGCCAAGUCGGAGCAGAGGUCCAAUCGUGAUGGGAAGACGGAUCGCGAUCUGGAGCGGAGGGAAGAAAGCAAGCCACGCUGGAGGUUAGGACAAGUGGGACAUCGAGAGUAUGACAGGAGGCCGGCACAUGAAUUAGAGCAAGAGCAAGGGCGCGAGAGGAGAGUGAGACACGAUGUGCACCGCAGGCUUGAGGAACCAGGGUCCGCCAGCAGCGGCUUCCACGUGGCGAGCCAUGAGCAUGGCCAGCAUGCGGAAGCAUCGUCUCCAAAGGUUGACAGAGACUUCCCGGCGCACCCCAGCAUCCGGUGCCUCUCCUUCUGGUUCCGCGCAAUUGACGUCGUCUCGCGGAUGCUGAGUCACCCGACGCCCACGCAGGGGCGGUUCAUCAGCUCCGUGGUGGGGAUCCUGCAGGAAAUGCAGCAGGGGCAGGACUUCCGCGCCCUCUUCCAGCCGAGCAGCAACCUAGAAAUGCUAGAGGCGCUCCGACAGCUGGACGAGCGGGUGCAGUGCCUGAUUGACGGCCGAGUCGACUACUCGCCGGAGGCGACCAGGGCCUGGAACAUGGCCAUGGAUUCGAUCCCAGAGGGGGUUCUCGUGUACGAUAACUGGUCGCUCAUCAAGCUGGAGAAGUUCGUGAUGAACAAGCAGGGGGGCAUGAAGUACGAUAGGCGGUUCAACGACGAGCUUCGGCGCGCGAUUGAGCAGGAAAAGCAGAAACCCAAUCUCCCGCUCAAACAAAGCGUCCUCCUGAACUCAAACGACGUGUCUCCCAGUGGAUCGGAUUCGCGGCCCCCCGGUUUUCAGGACCGAGUCCCCUUUCAACCACCCGAGAGGCCUUUCCUUGACCGGGUCGGGCCGAGGCCAGGUGGCCGGUUUGAUCCCCCGAACCGAGACUUCAGGCGCCCGCGAGACAUGUCGCCAACACCUUCUUUCCGGCCUAGCGUAAAGGACAGAAUCCUGGACCCCCGCGACACACGGAGGCAGAAUGAUGCCGGAUCCUUUGUGAAUCGUAGGUCGCCACGCUAUUCAGUCUUCGACUUGGAUAUGUGACAACCAUAAUUUUGCUUGAGGGACUAAGACACAUUAUAAGCUUGUUACUCGCUUGCUGAUUCCGCAGAUUGACUUCAAGGAGGACACCGGGCCUUCUCACAGAUUUCAUGUACCUAUUUGGAAGGGCGACGUUGCAAGCGGGGGCGCUGCGAAUGAUCACAUGCCAGUAUUUGAUGUGAUUGUCGUUUUUUAACUGGG